AUGCUUGUGGAUUUUAUUACACUGCUUAGUACUUGUUGGAAGAGAGGCUACGAUAUUUUACUUUCAGUAUUUAGAUUGGACGAUUUUUAUCACUAUUUCACGGAAAAAGAUUUCACCAAAUUCCAAGCUCAAAAGUUAUUUUCUCCUUCAUCAGAAGUCUUGCAGAUUAUUCACACUACUGACACAUUUCUAUACUCUGCAGACAUUAUAUGGCUUGCCUAUGCUAUUGUUGGACAUUUAUACUGCCAAGGGCUGAACAAAAACGAAGAUAAUUUGCAUGUUAACAAAUUGUCUGCAUUUCCAAGCAAACAUCUCGAAGUAUUGAAAAUUAAUAAGGACAUGUUUGAACAAUUGGCAUUUGCUCCAGCGAUGGCAGAAAGUCCAAAGAGUGAAACAUCCGAAAGAUAUAAUAGAAACAUCUUGCUCACAACAGAAUCAGUGCUAUCUAUAUCCAAUCAAAUUGGAUUUGAACUUUUUGAACUCUUUUUAUCAUACACAAGUUUACUGUUGAGAUGUGAUGAUAGCUCACUUGUUCAGUUAGUUUUGAGUAUAUUUGGGCAACUAUUAGCGAACGUGAAUGACUUUAUUUUAGCAACUCUCAUUAAGAACAAGAGACUGAAUAUUGUUAAACACAUUGAGCAUUUAUUGUGCUGUACGGACGAGAAUGUGGUUAUAAUUUUAGGAAAAUGUAUAUUCGUUCUAUUUCUGAGAGAUGUGAAUUUCAUAACAGACCAUGUAUUGAAUAAUUCAAAAAUUUUGAAUGAAAUUAUUUAUUGGGCACUCAACGCGCAACAAUCAAGUACCAAAGUUCAAUAUUUGAAUUUAUUAUUUCUAUUGGUGCUUCAAAGCGAAAAGCUCUCUAUCAAUCUCAUUACCAACAACAAAAUCAAUAUUUUGUACCAUAUUUCCAAUAUGCUGCGACCUCAGAGCUCACAAAAAUCAAACGACCAUAAUAUUUCUAUCGAAUUAGAACCUUCACUUCAAUUUGUGUUUAUUCAACUCUUCUAUGGAUUAUCAACACAUUCUUCAUGUCAUCAAUUCAUCAUUGAAUAUGCACCCACCAAUGAAACAUCAAGCAACAACAAUAUCAUUCAGAUUUUGAAAGCGCUCUCCUUUUCACAAUAUCCUCUCACACGAUACUAUUCAUUUCUGAUUUGGUCCAACUUACUAACUCUCUCCAGUUACCAUUCUGGGAACGCCUCACUACGUAAUGACAAAAUUCACGACAACCGCUACACAAGAUAUCUUUGCAGAAACGAGCAAGUGUUAAAUCUUCUAAUGUAUGCAUAUAAGGAAGAGACUGAAAUGAUUAUUAAAAGAGUGAUCACACUGUUGUUGAAGGAUAUUUGUGCUAUACGACAGAACAACUAUGAGAGAAUAAUUUUACUAGAGCAUUUUAAUUUGUUAUUUGAAUCCAUUGAUUUGUUACAUUUUCAAAUGAGCUAUUUAAUGGACGUUUAUGAAACAAGAAAUGGAAUAUUUAAUGAAGAGGAAUCUAUGACGGUCGAUCAAAGUGUGCAACUAAGUAUUGCACAAACUCAUCUCAUUACCACUAUUGUAAGAAUGGAUGCUGAAGAUGCAAGUCACACUGGUACGAGCCCAACAUUGGAAUUACUGAAAACCCAAUAUCAGAUUCAACGAUACAUUAUGGAUUUACUAAUCGUGUUGGACAAGAGGGGAGACGUCAAAAAUGCAAACACCAUUCGUGCGCUUGCUUCUGUCUUGCAGCUGGAGGUGUAA